GCUUUUGUUUAGUCAGUUUUCGCACAGCGUUUGGGCAAGACGUGUACACAGGUCGAGCGUGAGUGGGAAUAAACCAAAAGCUAAAGCAUUUAAAAAGCGAAGUACAAACGUCAUAAAGGAAACACCAUGGAGUUUAACAACCGUUUGCUAUUAAAGAUCAUCGAGCUGGGCAUUGCCAUUGCCUGCGUCGUGCUCUAUGAGGUUGUCGGGGAUCUGAGCAAGCGUCCAUUGAUUGUCUGCGGCACCAUUGGCGGCUUCACAAUCAUCUGCGCCGUGCUGCUGAUCGGACACGUGAUCAAUUCGGUUGUGGAGAAACGCCUCAAUGCCCUUAUCUCGCUGCUGGGCUGCAUUCUGUUCGUGGCCUCCGGUGCACUGGUCAUUGAUGAGUGGCAUGAUAUGUACGAUUUCUUGAAGGAUCGCAAGCGCAAUGCCAUCGCCGCCGGCUCGCUGAUGAUCAUCAAUGGCGCCGUCUUUCUACUGGAUACGCUAUCCAUCUGCAGAACGUAAGCCCCAAAAACCAAGGGGUAUUCACCGUGUCUCUUUUUUUGUUUUUUUUUUUUUGUGAAUCGAAAUUCUCAUGGCUUCUGUGUGGGUCAUUAAGCGAACAAUGAAUCUUCUGUAAAUCUAUAUGAAUAUCGUGUACACCCAUCUAUAUACUUAUAUGCAUUUUUUUUUAUACAUGUCAAAUAUACCUAUAUCCUAUAUCUAAAUGGCACUCAAGUUAAAGUCUGUUGUGCACGAACAAGAAACUGGCUUAAACGAAUAUCAAACUGUUAACAGGAAUCCAUUAAAUAUAUGGCUAUAUAUAUAUAUAUAUAUAUAUACUUGUGUAUGUAAGAGUAUGUCUAUGCUUAUGUUUGUGUGCAACUUGCUAUCUGUUUAAUCUGGAACUGGUCAUGUCUUAUAUAAUAAUUGCGCGCUAUUUCGUACGUUCCACUGUCAUGGAAAUUGCGCAUAAUUGCGUGCAGCGAAUUUUCGAAGCUUUCUGGGAAAACUGCUUGAAAUCACCUCGCGUGACGUCACGUGCCAAGCCGCUGUUAGCCUCACCUGCCCUUGAGAACAACUCACAUUUGCUUUCCAUUCCAUUCAAAAAUCAAGCCUUACACGUUUUUAAAGUAGUUUGACAAAAAAGAUUCGUUUUUUAUUUUGAAUUUACAUUUUUAUCGUCAAAUCUAUUCUACAGACAUAUCUUUAUUCUUUGUGAAACCAUAUUAUACUUCUGUGCAGGGCUUAUUUAGAUUUAAACAGCAUUUUAUUAAAUCAUAAAUUGUAUUAAAAGUGGAUAUUUGGUAUAUUAAAAGAACACACUCUAAAUAUA